AUGGCCCACUACAGACACACUUGGGACGCCGACAGCAACCGGGACUUGCUCAUCGCCAUGUAUGAGACGCUGUCUCCCGGUGCUGAGCAGAUCCGGGCCAUUGUCGAGCGUACCACCGAAAUGGGCUACGAAUUCACGCCCAAAGCAGUUGUCCAACAUCUGCAGAAGCUCCGCCGUACCGUGGGCUCUGGCGAGCCUGGCGUGGCUCCCGCCACUCCCAAGACCCCUCGUACACCCAAGACGCCCCGUGCCAAGGGCACACCCAAGAGCGGCGGCAAGCGCAAGAACGCCGCCAAGACCGAAGAGGAUAGUGACGAUCCAUCCGUCAAAGAAAUAUCUGCCAAAAAGGCCAAGACCGAGCAGAGUGAGGGCAGCGAGGACUUUGCUGUCAAGGAUGAGCUCACCUCGGAGGCAGACAAGUCUGCCGAGGAGGGCAUUUAA